AUGUCUCGGCGGUACGACAAGUCUUCGUUGGCCGACGAUGCGGCACUCCAGCUCAAGAGGUGGACUACGUCGGUGUGGCACUACGCACGGGGACCGGGGAGGCAGAAGGCGACCGCGGUGACGGCGAAGGUGCUGCACCGCCUCAGGAUCAAUGUACAGGCGCGGCGACUUCUCAGCUUUCCGCAUGUACUGGUGGUCUUCUGGCUCGUCAUCUUGCUGUGGGGGGAGCGGUGGGUAUUUGAGAGCAAAGUCGAUGACUGCGCUUGGCACAACUGGGAGGACUGGCCUAGAGGAGCUCACCCUCAUCACCUCGUCUUCGUGGCCGAUCCGCAAAUCAUCGACCCGCACAGCUACCCCGGCCGACCGUGGCCGCUGUCGUCGCUGACGAGGCUCAUAACCGACAACUACCUCCUGCGCGGGUACAAGGCGAUCCAGACGCAGCUUCGACCCGAUAGCGUCUUCUUCCUCGGCGAUCUGUUUGACGGCGGGCGCGAGUGGAAGACGGCCAGCGGCCACUUCGUCGACCCCAAAUGGGGCAAGGGCCGGUCGCGCGAGGAGGCCGGCUGGGUCGACACCUGGCAUCGCAAGUACGGGCAGGGCUACUGGAUGCGCGAGUACCAGCGUUUCGCAUCCAUCUUCUUCGACCACUUCAACGACGGGGACAGCGUCGGCGGCGUCCGCCCCUACCAGCGCGGGCGCAAGCUGGUGGCCAGCCUGCCGGGGAACCACGACCUGGGCUUCGGCGCGCAGGUGCAGGUGCCGGUGCGGGACCGGUUCGAGGCCUUCUUCGGCGACGUCAACCGCAUCGACGUGGUGGGCAACCACAGCAUCGUGUCGGUGGACACGGUGUCGCUCAGCGCCGACUCGUCCGAGUACGGGGCCGAGCACGACCUGACGCCCAUACACGGACCCGUCAACCGCUUCCUCGACGGGGUCAAGGCCGCCAAGCGCAGGGCCGUACAGGACGAGCUGGACGUGUGGUACGAGGGGGCGGCCGGCGGCGACAGGCGCUUCCCCCACCGCAUAGAGGACCUCCAGGGCGCAGACCUGUCCGACUUCCCGCGGCGCGGGCAGGAGUCGCUCUCGGUCACGGCCGACCUGCCGACCAUCCUGCUCACGCACGUACCCCUGUGGCGCGAGCCGGGGACGCCCUGCGGACCCAAGCGCGAGCACUGGCCGCCGACGGAGCCGCCGACGGGCCAGACGAAGGCCGUCAAGCCGGACCACCGCAACGCCAUCUCGGUCUCGUCCGGGUACCAGUACCAGAACGUCCUGGGCGAGGCCGACUCGGCCAAGCUCCUCGACAAGGUGGGCAACGUCGUCCACGUCUUCUCAGGAGACGACCACGACUACUGCGAGGUGGUGCACGCGCGGUCGGGCAGCAGCAGCCGCAGCGGCGUGCGCGAGAUCACCGUCAAGAGCCUCAGCAUGGCCAUGGGCGUGCCCACCCCCGGAUUCCUCAUGGUGAGCCUGUACAACCCCGUCGACGACAAGGGCAACACCCUCCCCGGGGCGCCGGUCGAGACCCUCCAGACGCACCUGUGCCUCCUGCCUAACCAGGUGCACACGUACGUCAAGUACAUCGGCUUCAUGGUCUUCUCCCUCGUCGUCCUGGCCGUGCGCUCCGUCCUCGUCCCCGUCCUCAACCUCCAGCCGUUUGCGCUCGGACCGGAAGAUGUGGCUACCAUCUCCGGCGGUGGCGUUCCCGCCUCCUCCUCCUCCAUCCUGCCCAUAGCCAGCGUAGGCACCACGGCGCGCGACAAGGACAAGCUGGACCCCCCCGACGUGCGAUCGGGCAAGGGUCGCGGCGUGUCGUCGUCGUCGUGGACCGUGAGAACGCGCAGCUCGUCGCUCACGGCCAAGGGCCGGUGGCAGAACCAGUCGCUGGGGACGAGGAGCAGGACCGCAGCAGCCAUGGGCGUAGGCCCGCGCAUCAACGUCCGAGAGGCCUUGUACGACACCGGAGCCGAAGGCGUAAAUGACAGGAGGAGAGCUGUCAGCGUUGCCGUCCGCGAGAUGUGGACUACAACGUGGAGAGUGGCGUGGAUGGCCGUAUUCAUCUGGGUAUAUUUGGCAAGAGAGCGAUAA